GAGAAUAACUAAAAUAAAUUAUUCAAAAAAAAGGGAUGAAAUAUUGAAAACCAAUAGUGCAAUAAAAAUUAUUUCUUAUUGGAUAUUUUUUUUCGAAAAGGCUUUCAUUUCUAAAUUCAUAGUAUGUUAAACUACUGAAAAGAGCAGAAAUUUUAAUGGAAAAGACUACAUUUUAAACUUUUUUUGUGAAGCCAAAAAUAUUUUCUUUUCGAAAUUAAUCCUUUGAAUUGUACUUUAAAAUAAGAAAAUUUAUUUACACUGGCUUUUAAAGGUUAUUGUUAUAAUAAAAAUUUGUGUGAUUGCCAUAGAGCUCACCUAUUUCUAGAUGGGAAUGCAAUUAAAAGAACUCGUACCCAUGGAAUGAGAGAUCUACAAAAAUUUAUCCGCCAUACAUCUUCAGAUCAUUUUUGUCAGAAAUUUAUUGAAUUUAUUGAAAAUAUUGUUAUAAUUUAAAACUCAAAAAAUUAUUAAAGAAGAAAAGAGUGAAAACUUUUUAGUCAAUAAUUAAGAUUAUAACUACUAGAUAUCUAACAGGGUGUUUAUUCAAUAGAUACCUACUAUAGAAACAGUGAUAUAAAAAUAAAACAUUAAAAAAAGUUUGGCAAACAAAUAAUAUAUGUACAUUUUUUUAACCUAUACACUCACCUAAUUUCAUUUUUAUUUUUGUGCUACAUGUUUUUAUGUCCAAAGGUGAAGAUUUUUUUAAAAUAGACUUUUCAAUUCUUACAAAUUAGAACUUUUUUAAUUUAAAUAAAUAUAAUUAAUAAAUAUAAUUAGUUAUAAAGAUAGGUACAUGUGCUUACAAUUUAAUUUAUAAAUAUUUCUUAAAUUUCCUAUUGUACAUAUUUAAAAUAUAUUGAUUUUGUUAAAAUUGUAGUGGGAACAUUCAUAUAGAUUAAUAUUUAGUUACGCCUAGAAUGUUUGUAUUUAUUUAAAGAAAACAAUCUGAAUCAAAAAUAAAUAUUUGAACUUGGUACCAAAAUUGAUAUUUGGACUUUGUACCCACAUGCAUAUACUGCUUUCAUUUAACAAAAAAAAAAAAAAAAAUGAUAAAUGAAAAUUCCCAGCUACCAAUUAUCUUGUUAUUUCUUGAAUUGAAUUAAUAGAGGAGUUUUAAAAUAAGGAAUUUUAAAUUUUUAACAUUUAAACAAAAAAAAAUUGUCUUAAAAAAAUCUUAAAUAAUUUAUAAGACUGGUAUAGUCAGAAGGAAAAAAAAUUGAAAUAUUUUAAGCUUGUCCAUGGGCGCCUACUUAGCAUAAUUAAUAAACACUAGUAAAAUUUACUUUUAUCAAAUAAAAAAAUUCUAUUUACUUAUUCAAUUUUAAAAUUUUAUGUUUAAUUUUUGUAUUACAUAAUUUCAAAAUAAAAUUUUAUGGUGAAAAAGUGGCGAUUCUUAAAGAAUUAUUUAAAUUAUUUUAUUUCUGUUUAAAUUACUUUUUCUAAUAUUUUGAAAUAAUUUAUAAAAUAAAAAAGAUUACACCUAUUGAAAAGAAGAAAAUGGCACCAAUUGCUGUAUUUGAUAACAAAACAAAUGAUAAAAAUACAAUAACCGGUAGUGGUAUCCAGAAAGAUAAUAAUACUCAUGAUGGGAUUGUUGGAAGUCCAAAUAUGCCAUCAUCGGCUAAUGAUAAUAAUAUAGAGAAAAGCAAUCAAAAUAACAAUAAUAAUAACAUGAAUAAAAGUGACAAUCAUAAUAAUAUUAAUAAUAAUAGUAGUAUUAAUACCAACGAAAUUGAUAACUGUGCUGAUGAUGAAAUGAAAAAUGUGGAUACAAAUAGUGGAUGUGCUCCUGCCCAAAAUGGCACAAUCGGUACAUUGAAUGGAUUUAAAGAUAUGAACUCGAUCCCGGUAUACCCAAAAGUGGCCCCAUGCCCAUUACGUGCGCCAUUGGUAGUUACAAUUGUUGGUUUGCCAUGUCGGGGGAAAUCAUUUGCGGCACACAAAGUUGCACGUCUUUUAAAUUGGAAAGGUGAAAUGGCAAAAGUAUUUGCUGUUGAAACUAAUGCCACCCCAGAAACAUUGAAAGAAAUUGUAGAAUGGUUUGAAGCUGGAAAUAACGUUGCUAUUAUUGAUGGAAUACAUUUAACACGUCAAACACGUCAAUUUGUAACUGCCUUUACCUUAGAACGCAUUUACCAUCAUUUAAUUGUUGAAUUUGAUUGCGAUGAUGAAAAUAUCAAAACAAAUAUGGCCGAAAUGAUCAGUUUUUAUGAGAAAAUAGAUAAAAAUGUUAAUUGGUCGAAAUUCUUCACAGAUAAAUUAAAUCAAUGCUCUUCCAAAUAUGAAAAAUGCACCCCACUUGAAAGUCCAAUGAUUACCGUUAAUAAUUCAGAAAAUAUUUAUAUGCAUUCAGUAACAGCACGCGGUGUUCAAGGUUCUUUACAGACAUUAAUUUUAGGUGUUUUAUCACAUCCAGUUAUUAGAGAACAGAUAUUUUAUUUUAGUCGUCAUGGUGAAUCCGAAUUCAAUGUCCUUGGAAGAAUUGGCGGUGAUGCUGAUCUAUCACCUCGUGGUUGGAAAUAUGCUGAAUUUCUAACACGGUUGUUUAGAGAAAACCAAUUAAAACUUCCAGGACCAAAAUUGAUUUGGACAUCGGAAUUCAAAAGAACACAUCAGACUGUUAAAGAUAUUCCUGGUGCUAAAACUGCAGUUAAUGAUUUAAAUGAAAUUAAUGCUGGUAUCUGUGAAGGCUUAACUUAUGAGGAGAUACAAGAACGUUUUCCACAAGAAUUUGCAUGGCGUGAUCAGGACAAAUUUAAAUAUCGUUAUCCACAUGGAGAAUCAUAUUUAGAUCUGUUACAAAGAAUCGAUAGCGUUAUACAAGCUCUAUUAACAAAAACUCAAGUAUUGGUUGUGUCGCAUCAAGCCGUUCUUAGAUGUAUCAUGGCCUAUUUCCAUGGAACAAAACCAGAACAAGUGCCAUAUAUAAAUGUUCCAUUACACACAUUACUUGUUGUACGCACAAAUGGUUAUAAUUUUGAAGUCGAAAAAAUCCCAUUAAAAGUUGAAUGUGUUGAUACUUAUAGAAAUAAACCUCAAAAUUGCAAUGUUGAACGUACAAGUACCGAUGCAUUGACAACUGUACCUAAACAUUUUGAUACAUUAUUACCUCAACCGGCUCUAAUAAACUGAAUUAAUCGAAGAAAUUGACAAAAAAAGCAGCCAAACACAAUAUAAGACUAUCAGCAAUAAAUUAAGAUAUAAAAAUUUUAAUUGAAAAAAAAAAAAUUCUAUUACAAUCGUAUAAAAUUAAAAUUUUUAAAUUUUUACAAAAUUGAACGUAAUGAUUGAACAUUAUUAGCUUUUGUGUACCGUACUUUAUUUGAUUUUCUAUCCAAAAAGAAGCAAUAUUAAAAAAUUAUGUUUUAUAAAAAUUAUUGACGUUCAUCACAAUUUCAUCUGUAUUCUCUUAUUUUAUACUAACCAAUUUAGAUAUGAUUAAGUUUUAUUUAAUUUAUUUUAAAUAUAAAAUUUUUAAUUUUUUUUUAUAUUUUUUUUCACAAGCUAACGUCUAAGUAAUUAUAAAUUUUAUAUGAAAAUGUAAUUUUUGCUCACAUUUCCAUGUAAAACAAUUGAAAGUUUAAUUUUAAUCCAAAAAAAAUAAAAAUAUGGCGAACAAAACAUAUUUUCAAUAAAUUCUUUAUUUUGUUUUGCAUUGAAUCGUGAAAUUGCAAUUUAAUAUUAAGAUUAAACUAAAAAUAACUUGUAAAUUUAAAAUUUUUAAUAAUAUCAAAAAAACACAAAUUUUUUUAUUCGAUUAUAUAUGAAAAUUAAAAAAUAAAUUUAAUUAAACUUAAAUUGAAAACAAAACGAGUCAAAGUUUUCUAAAAAAUUUAAAAAAAAAUAGUUGUAAGACAAAAAGAAAAAAAUCUAUUCAUGUUUAGUUUAUUUUUUGAAAUUAAUAUUUUUUAUAUUUUCGCAAUUCACAUUACAAGUCGGAUUGUAAUUAACUUGUAUUUGAGGACCUUAAGUAAAUAAAAUAGAAAAAUAUUAGAGAACCCAAUAAUAAAAUUGCAAUAAAAUUUUUAUUAUCCAAAAUUAAAUCAAAUUUUUAAAAUAAAAAUAUUUAAAAAUUUAGUUGUAAGAAAAAAAAGAAAAAGAGAAUCAUAAUUUAAUUUUUAUUAUGCAUUUCAAUAUUUUAAAUUACAUUAAACAAAAAUCAAAAUUUCUUAACUUUUUGAGCUUGUUCUUUUAUUAUUAAUUUUGCAUAAAUUAUUUUUUUCAUUAAAAUAUUUAUGGUUUAAUUACGGCAUAUUAUGGUUUAAUUUUUUUCAUUGCUCU